AUGUAUAGCGGCUACGUGAAUGUGACACGUGAUGAUUACUUAUUCUAUUGGUUUUUCGAGGCUAUGGAGCCAGAAGCAUCCUCCCCUGUCAUUGUGUGGGGCAACGGUGGACCUGGAUGCACAUCGAUGGAGGGAGCUGCAACCGAGAUUGGACCACUCGUUUUGGAUGGCGUAAAGACGUCAUCACGCUUCUCGGGCAAGCUGUCCUACAAUAAGUAUGCUUGGAACCGGCGGGCCCAUGUUCUGAUCGUAGACCAGCCUCGCUAUGUGGGCUUUUCCACAGGCCGAGGACACUUCGUGAACUCCUCAGCUCAAGCUGGACUGGACAUGGUCCAGUUCUUGCUGGGCUGGCAAGCGCUCUUCCCGGAGAUCCUGAGUCCGAAGUUCGUGUUGGCCGGUGAGUCCUAUGCAGGCCAUUUCGUUCCGGCUUGGGCAAAGGCCGUGGCAGACUACAAUCGAAACUCAGGGGAUCUCCGGCCCAUAGGCCUUGCAGGAAUCGCGUUGAGCAGUGCAUGCAUCGACGACGAUAUCCAGAAUCUUGACACCUUCGUUGCAUACUCCAAGCAAUCAGGUCUGCUGCCUGAGUAUGCUGCUCCGCACAAUAUGUGGGAAGCCUCAGAACAGAUGGCGCUAUUCCUGAAGUACCGGCCCAACCAGUACGACCACACCCUGCCGGAUAAAGGACCCUGCUGCGGAUACACUUUCGGCGGCUGCGCGGGUGGCUGCAUCUCUUUGCCCAGUGGCUUCGACAAGGGACCCCCGUUUGGCUACACUUCUACGCUUUCAGACCUGCUAGACUGGGGCAUCCCUGUUCUGCUGAUGUAUGGAAUGAGAGAUCUUACAUGCGACUAUGUCGGCGGCUACGCAGUUGCUAGCUCCUUGCGUUGGGAACGGCAGAACGAGUUUUCCAGCGCGCCCAUGGAGUCCUUCCAGACCUUCGGGCAAAAGCAGUCCGGCGGAGGCUUGACAUUCGUGCAGAUAGAGGAAGCUGGGCACAUGUGCCCAGCCGACAAGCCUGAAGCUUCAUCUUACGCAGUCGAUCUCUUGCUUGACGCCAUUGCAGUCAACGGUGAAUCCGAGUACCUGCGACAAUUCAAACGCCAACCGUCCGCGGCCUCGAGGCUUCAUGGCCAUGGCAUUUGGACGAUGAUGGCUAUGGUUGUCUCUGGGCUGGUCCUUUCAUCUUUGCUGGUCUUUUUUGGUCUUCGACUCCGAAGUACGAGCAUUUCGGGAGAGUUGAGCAAAGAGCAGGAGCAUCAGACUCUGGCGAGAUCGCCGAGUGAAGCAAAGUGUCUCCUCUCGGCGUUGUCGUCAGCAGAAGACCUUUCCGUUUACGAUGACGGAUCGCCUCAGACGGUCCAGGCGUGA